CCCUUACAUUUGCUGUUCGGUGUGUCCAAACCCUCGCGCUUCGAAUCUCGGGAAAAGGCGGAAAAUCGUCGCGCGAAAUGGCCUCCACGCAGUUACCGGCAGCCAACGGAGACGAGCAACCACUUGGGGCUGAGACGGAAGCUAAAGGCGAGGAGGCGGGGGCGGAGGAGAAGGUGGAAGCGGAGGAGGGGGCGGGGGCUCCCGGUGCUGCCGAUACAACGAAGGCUGAUGUGAAGGAAGGAUUGGUGGAAGAUAAGCCCAAGUGGCCGGGUUGGCCGGGAUACACUGUGUUUCGGGUAAUUGUGCCGGUGCUGAAAGUGGGUGGCAUUAUUGGGCGGAAGGGAGAUCUCAUUAAGAAGCUUGUUGAGGAGACACGAGCUAGGGUUCGAGUGCUCGAUGGCCCAGUCACCUCUCUCGAUCGAAUUGUUUUGAUAUAUGGGAAAGAAGAUCCAGAAGCAGCCUUGCCACCGGCAGUAGAUGCUGCAAUAAGAAUCUUCAAGCGUGUUAAUGCACUACCUGAGAAUGAUGGUGAUGCCUCAUCUAUUGCUACUUCUGGAACUGCAUUCUGUUCUAUUCGUUUCUUGGUGGCAUCAACACAGGCCAUAAGCUUAAUAGGGAAACAAGGCUCCUUGAUUAAAUCUAUUCAGGAAAACACCAAUGCUUCUGUCCGGGUGCUUCCAAAUGAUGAAUUGUCAGCGUAUGCUACCCCUGAUGAAAGAAUUGUUGAGUUACAAGGAGAAGGUCUUAAGGUCAUUAAGGCUCUGGAAGCUGUAUUGGGACACCUGAGAAAAUUUUUGGUAGAUCAGACUGUACUUCCCCUAUUUGAGAAGAGCUACAGUAAUGCACCACCCACUGAAGAACGACCAGCAGACCCCUGGUCUGAUAAGACAUUGAUGCAUGCUGCUCCAAAGUCCUCGCUAGGCACUGAUUACCCUGUUCCAGUGAAAAGGAAUCCUCUCUUUCAUGACCACGAAAGGGAGAUUGAAUCACAUAUCCCAUCUUCUAGACUUUCUUUGUAUGCACCAGAUCAUGGACUUGGUUCUCGAACCUCAGGAAUAGGACGCACUGGUGGCCCGGUUGUAACUCAGAUUGCCCAGACCAUGCAAAUACCUCUGGCUUAUGCAGAGGACAUUAUCGGUGUUCAAGGAGCAAACAUUGAAUACAUCCGACGCACCAGUGGUGCCAUUCUUACUGUGCAAGAAAGUAGAGGCCUCCCUGAGGAAAUAACUGUGGAAAUCAAAGGCACCUCCUCACAAGUUCAGGCUGCUCAGCAGCUUAUUCAGGAAUUCACUAGCGGCCACAGAGAACCGCCUACCGACAGAUACGGGAAGCUGGAUUCCAGUUCGAGGCCCUCAUACUCGCAGUUAGGCAUGAGCUCUUUUCCAUCAUCGUCAUUUUCAGGACAACCUUACGGUGGCUACGGCUCAGGAUAUAGUAGCUUUAGGAUGUAAUUUGUUCUAUAGGAUGAAGAAACCUGGGGCAAUGUUUUUCUCUGUGUUCUGUGCCAGAUUCUAAUCUGUAAAGUGACCUGACCCCGAUGAAGCACGGUCGUUGAUCAUCACCCUAUGUGUGUUGCUUUUGUUUUAUUGUUUUUAGCAGCUCUGCUCUAAUGCAAUAGUUUUCCUGUUUUAUUGUUUUAGUCUCUGUGUGUACUAUAUUGGAAAUUAUUUCAAUAAUCCUCACAAAGAACUCAAUUCUUGUUUAA